GUAUGACUUCCAUAUAAUAAAAUUCUCAAGUAGAAAGACCUUAAGAAGAAUUAAAGAAUAAUAAUUCAACUUCACCAAGAGACUCAGACUCUUCAGAUUCCUCUUAUGAUUUUGUGAAGGAUUUGAAUCAAAAGUCUAAUCUAAAAAGAACUCCAGAAGAAGACUAAGAACUUCUCCAAAAAUAUAAAGGUAAAACUUAUUAAUAAAAUGGAAUAGGUAAGCAUGGGUUAAAGUAUUAAAAAAUAUCAAAUGAAUAACGAUAAAAACUUAUCAAAUAGAUAACAACUACAGGUUGUACUAUAAAAAAUGCUGCAAGAGAUUUGAAUAUUAAUUUCUCAACUGCAAAGGCAAUCAUGCAGAUUUUUAGAAGAGAAGGAAGAAUGACAAAAAAACUCAAAAGGGAUAAGACCUAGUAAGAAUUAAAAAAGGCUGAGAUAUUAAUUUAAGGUGAUAAGCAAAACUUUAAAAGUGAAGUUGGAUUGACAAAGUAAGAAUAAUGCUAAAUGAGACAAAAUACAGUAUAAGAUAAUUUAGAUACAAUUCAUAUUCAAUUAGUGGAGGAGCAAAAUAGAAAUUAAGCUAUUUUAAUAUAAUAAUUAAAAACCUAGGUUAGAAACUUUAAAUAAAUUUUAGAAUUUAUAUUUAUAAGGGAGAGCAAAUUAAUUCUAACAGGAGAAAUAAUAAUUGAAUUAAAAUUAUUCAUAUUUGACUAUUCAGUAUAAUCAACUACAAUAAAUGGUAUUAUAAGUAUAAAAUUUUUUUAGGUUAGAUAUGCCAUGCCACAAUAUCACCAACCUUAUCUAUUUUGA